UUAAAAUAUAUCAAGUUAAAUGAAACUGUAAUUCACGUUGUCAAUUAAGUAUGCCUUGGUAUAUGCUUUGGCGUUGCAAUGUGAGCAUCAUAACAAAGUAUUUCAAUACAUUAUGUUAAUAUUGUUCAAGUAUUAAGUGGUCCCUGCUCCAUGACUCUUUAUCUAUCAAAGAGUCAGCGGUCUCAUUAAAGUACAAAAAAGUUUAGAGACUUCUUUAGAACACAACACCGAGAGUGCAGUGAGCACAAUUUACAGAGUUGGCCACGCCCACUGUCUAAAUAUGCUGUGACGCGUGCGUUCCAAAAUCAGCUAAUGGUUCUAGCACGCCCCGCCCCUCAGGAAGUGAAACAGAAGGCGGGAGUGCCGCUGCAUGGUUGUUAUGAAAACAAUAUUGCGUUUCUAAUAGUUGUACUGUAAAUGCCGUUUUAAUACGAAAUUAUUUUAAACACAUUCAUGUUCAAUAUAUCGUGCAUAGCGGUUUGUUUUUGUUUUUACCUCUACGUUUUAUGCUAGUCUGAACUGUUAUAGCAUUUAUCACACUAGUUUUCCACCAGUCGUAACUCAUACGAGUUAGUUAUAUUCGUUGAACUUUACAUUAAAGCGCAGGUUAAGAUCUGCAGUGCAGAAGGGAAUGGCUCUGGAGUAUACAGAGGUGAUCACAUCCAGCAAUAAGAAGAAACGAAAGCCUAAUGUUAAAGAAGAUGAACUGUCUGAACAACAACAACCCUCAACAUAUCACUUUUUCCAUGACCCAUCUGAAAUCUCUCUUUUCCGCACUCAACUCCUGCACUGGUAUGAUCAAAAUAAGAGAGAGCUUCCAUGGAGGACAGUGGCUAUGACAGAACCAGAUGUUAAUAUCAGGACAUAUGCAGUGUGGGUCUCUGAAAUCAUGUUACAACAGACUCAAGUUGCCACUGUGAUAGACUACUAUAAAAAGUGGAUGAAGAGAUGGCCGACUGUGGAAAAACUUGCUGCUGGUACACUAGAGGAAGUGAACCAAAUGUGGGCAGGUCUUGGAUACUACUCCCGGGGACGCAGGCUACACGAAGGAGCCAAGAAAGUGGUAUCAGAUCUUGAUGGACAGAUGCCAAGGACCACAGAGGGACUUUUGAAACAGCUGCCUGGGGUGGGACGUUACACUGCAGGGGCAAUAGGCUCUAUAGCACUUGGGCAGGUUACAGGUGCAGUUGAUGGAAAUGUGAUUCGUGUUCUGUGCCGUGUUCGAGCGAUUGGAGCAGAUAGUACCAGUCCCACCGUAACCGAUGCUUUGUGGAAAAUUGCAGACAGAAUCGUGGAGCCAGAGAGACCUGGAGAUUUUAAUCAGUCUAUGAUGGAGUUAGGGGCCAGAGUUUGCACCCCAAAAUCCCCUCUCUGUAGCCAGUGUCCCAUUCAGACCCAUUGUCAUGCGUUUAGGAAGGUAAGCAUUAAACAUGAGAAGGACUCCAAAACACUUCUAAGCAAACUGACAGCUGCAAAUCUCAAUACCUCGGUUCCUGACAUAGAGAAUUGCUCAGCCGCUGGCAGUUGCAACUUUUGUCUGUCAGAGGACUGGGACCCCCAAUUGGGGGUGCAGAAUUAUCCAAGAAAGCCUGUCAAAAAAGCUCCACGUGUGGAGAAAACCCUAACCUGUAUAGUGGAGUGGCAGCGAGCCGGAGAGGAGAUGGUGUAUCUGCUCACUCAAAGGCCAAGCAAAGGUAAAACAAAACCAGGACUCCUGGCAGGGAUGUGGGAGCUACCCAGUAUGCUCUUGGAGGCUGGGGUCUCUGAAAACAAACAUAAAAGCUUGUUAUGUAGCAUGAUGCAAAAAUUGCUUGGAACAUCAUUGGACACCGACUCACUUCAGUUUGUGGGAGAGGUGGUGCAUAUUUUCUCCCACAUCCAUCAAACCUACAUUGUCUUUUCUGUUUGUGUAUCUGACUGCUCAGAGGCAGAGCAAGAACAAAAUAUAUCCUGGCUCACUAAAUCUGCUGUGCAGGGGGCAGCUGUAUCAACAGGUGUUAAAAAGAUUAUGAAGCUCUAUGAAUCUUCAAAUAAUGUGGGCAGCAAGGAUAAGAAGAGAAAACUCAGCCCUCAAGCUGGAAAAGAGAAACGAGCCAACAAAACAAAAAAGCUCAAGGACGUUGCUACUAAUGGAGGGCCCAAACAACUCUGCCUGAGUAAAUUCUUUUCUACUUCAAAGCCAGCAGUCAAAGCUAAGAGCAAAAACAGUUGACAAAAUGUGGUCUAUAUAUUAUGUUGUAGUGAUGUCGAUUUAAAAAAAAAAAAAAUUAUACUCUUGAGGUCAUCAUGCAUAUUUGGAGAGUGACCACAUAUUAUCUGCAGCCUUUUUUUAAAGGAUAAUUCGUUAUUGUGAAGUAUGUUUUAAUCAUAUUAUCAUAAAUGUAUAUUAACCAUGUUUAAUGAAAGCAAACAUUUGUCUCAAUGUAAGAAUUAAGAUUCAGAAUAAAAGACUGAGCUGUUUUUAAAUUAAAACCUGACAUGUUUCCUUCAAAUAUUAAUUUGCAGAAAACCUCUCUCUCUCUCUAUAUACUUUAAAAAAAAAAUGUAAUAACAAUUAGACAUUUACAGAAAAUGUAAUUACGUGGCCAUGCAAAUUUAAUUCUCUGACUGUGUCUUCAAAAUAAGAGCCAAGAGAUGUUUACAAGAAACCUACAUUUACUUAUUUAACAAACGUGAAUGAAGAUUUAUAGUUUCAAAACACAUUUGUGUUCAUUUUAUUUUCAUAAUUAUAUUAGUGUUUUAUUUAGCAAUGCUGGGACUUUUAACUGUGAGUUAUGAGAUUUUGGGCGCAGCUCAUUGAAAUUCUCCCAAAAGUUCAGUUCACAGCCACAUAACAGCUGAUAUCACGUUCUUCCGAUGUUACUCAAAGCAUUGAGUGGAAGUUCAAAGUCUUCACUUUAGAGUUAAAACGGUCGGACCGUGCUGUUGAUUUGAACUCUGACUUUUUUGAAGAUGUUUAGCAAGUGUUAAUUAGAUUGUGAUGCUUUCCAGAUGAAAAGAUGCAGAAACAAUGUAGAACUGUUUGUGUUAAUCUUAUGAGAUGUAUCGUUGUGAAUCUGAAUAGCAAAAACACUGUAGUAACUUUUCUUAACCCUCCUUUUGUUCUUUGGGUCAUCAUGAGUACCAAAGUGUAUAAUGGAUAUAUUUUUAAAGAAUUUAUAAAAAA